AAAGAGGGUUGACGGAAAUACAGGGGAUGAAGAACUACGGUACUAUUCCGACGACUUCUUCUCCGGCGCCGGCGGUAUCCAAUCAACGAUGGAAUGACCUCAGCAGCGAGCGGCGACCGUGGAAGGAAAUAUUCGAUUAUAAUUCUAUCGGUUUUCCUCAUAAUCUCAAUGAUGCAAUCGAAAGGAUUGAAACGAAUAUGGCCUAUUUCCGUAAGAACUAUGCUGAAAUAGUGUAUCUGAUCGUUGUUCUGAGUCUUCUAUGGCAUCCAUUUUCUCUCGCCGCGUUUACGAUCUCGGUUACCGCUUGGAAUAUCCUCUAUUUCCGUCGAGACGAGCCGCUGUUAGUUUUGAAUCGAAGAAUUGAGGAUUGGUGUGUACUUUUGUUUCUUGGAACCUUAACUAUUCUGAUGUUAUUUCUAAUAGAUGCGACGGAGAAUAUAUUGAUUUCUCUCGCGAUUGGAUUGGUGUUGGUUAUGAUUCAUGGCGCUGUAAGGAAUACUGAAAAUUUGUCUUUGGAUCAAGAGGCGGCGGCAGGAUCUGCUCCUUUCUUGGCUUAAACGCCGCCGCAUGAUUCGUUUGCUUAAGAAUUGGUAAUUUUUGUUGUUGUUUUCGUACUAAUUCUUUUGGUUAGGGUUUCUUGUUUAAGUUGUCUUAUUCUUUCUAUUGUUAUACCAUUCUGUAUUUUCU